AUGAAUAAUCCAUCGGAGGAAAAAUAUGUCAAUGGUUGGAAUGUAGAUUUCUGGAAGUUUGUGGAUGUGGGCCAAUCGCAACGCAUCGGAAUCAGUACGUACGAGUUAUUUGUUGGAUUCUUAGACUACUUUUCAGCGCACUUCCAGUUUGACAAACAUAUGGUUCAAAUCAAUACACCUGGGAAUGUUGUGAAGAUGGGAAGAUGGUAUCGCUGUCCACUUGUUAUCAGAGAUCCCUUCGAAUUGGACCAUAAUCUUGCUCAGGGAGUAGAUGAGGAGAUGUUCCGUUACAUUCGAUCGUGUAUGAAACAUUCUCGUCAAGUAUUCAUGGAUCAGAACUUACGUGCAGAAUUCCUCGUUUCAAAAGGAUUUCGUAGAGGAAUGCUCGACAAAGUUCGUAUGAACGACGAUCUUCUGCGAGAAUACGGAGUAAGUCUUUUACAGCUUUCUAUAAUCAAACUGUAAAG